CAAUUUUGAAGCUCACUUAGCCCAGCUCUUCCCCAGAUCCGCCGCACUAUUUCGCAGACCUAAGUUAUGUUCACAGCAUUGCUUCAAUGAUAACGAAAUUGGCCAAGGUGCUCAGGGUCAAUUCUCCAUCGACCAUGAGCAAUCAUUGAGAUCCCGACAGCCAAGAUUCUCGAGAUGGAGUUCCCAGAAUCGCAAAAUAGCAGAGAUGAAAGAAUUGAGCACCUCUGGAAGAAACUCGACCCUCAGAAUAAGGGCGAGCUGGAUUUCAAUGGCCUAAAGAAGGGGUUGAUCAGGAUCGAUCAUCCUCUGAAAAAUGCCAACGAUAUGCUCAGGGAUGUGGUGAAGGCUAUGGAUAAGAAUGGGGACCAGAUGAUCCAGUAUGAGGAGUUUCGCAAUUUCGUCGAGCGGACCGAGAAGGAGCUGUUUUCACUCUUCCAUAGCAUUGAUCGAGACCAUAAUGGCAAACUAGACAAGGAGGAGUUGAAGGCGGCCUUCAAGAGGGCUGGACUUACUGUUCCAAAUUCGAAAUUGGACCAGUUUUUUGCAGAAGUAGACGAGAAUCACGAUGGCUACAUAACUUUCGACGAGUGGCGUAACUUUUUACUGUUCCUCCCCACCAACGCAAAUCCGGGCCUCAAGGCGGUAUUAUCAUACUACUCGUCGACAGUCACAUUGAAUUCAGAGGGCGAUACUUCUAUAAGCGAGGAAACUCUGGAAGGACUAGGUAGACCCAGAUCUUUCAUUUCAAUCCUCUUUGGCGCCAUUAUCAAGAUCGCGGAACCACCACAAAAAUCAAGUCGCUCUUUCCCAGCCAAAACUUCACCAUCAGGUCAAGAAAUCACACCACCAGCAGAAACCAUGUAUGAACACAACCACGCUCACUUCGUCGAAACGGCCAUCGACCCCACUGUUGAUGAAGAUGAUCUAUUCGCUCAGAGCGAGGAGCCGUUUUUCGAGGAUGUUGCAACGCUCGAGAGGUCAUGGCUGAUUUCUGUUCUACCCGAUCCAGGUUACUUCCUUGCGGGGGCCGUCGCUGGUGCUGUCUCCAGAACUGCCACUGCUCCACUUGAUCGAAUAAAGGUAUACCUCAUUGCCAACGUGGGCCCCCCGAAAGACUCGAUAGAAGCUGCAAAGCAGGGUAACGCGGUGGCCGCAGCCAAGAAGCUGGGCCAGCCUCUCGUUGCUGCUGCCAAAGAGCUAUGGAAGGCGGGAGGGAUGCGCAGUUUGUUUGCUGGCAAUGGGUUAAACGUACUGAAGGUUAUGCCCGAGUCGGCAAUCAAGUUCGGGUCUUACGAAGCCGCCAAGAGGGCCCUUGCGCAACUUGAAGGCCAUGGAGAUCCACAGAAUAUUAAUCCUUACUCAAAGUUUGUGGCAGGUGGAGCUGGUGGUCUUGUCUCCCAGCUCUUCGUUUAUCCUAUCGAUACCCUAAAAUUUCGAAUGCAGUGUGAAACUGUCUCUGGUGGACUUCAUGGAAACGCACUCAUUAUCGAAACAGCAAAGAAAAUGUACCGUCAAGGACUGGUUCGCACGUCUUAUCGAGGAUUGACCAUGGGCCUCAUUGGCAUGUUUCCUUACUCUGCGAUCGACCUCGGAACGUUUGAGUUUCUCAAAUCCAAACUCGCGCAACACAGUGCCAAGAGGUUAGGCUGCCAUGAAGAAGACGCACUUCCAGGAUCAUUCGCUACAGGCUGCAUUGGAGCAUUUUCUGGGGCUUUCGGGGCGAGUGUUGUGUAUCCUAUCAACCUUUUGCGGACAAGAUUACAAGCUCAAGGAACGGUGCUGCAUCCCCCAACAUAUACCGGAAUAGUGGACGUGGCGCAGAGAACUAUUAAGAACGAAGGUUUCAGAGGUCUCUUCAAGGGUAUCACCCCGAAUUUGCUGAAGGUCGUUCCUGCGGUCAGCAUUACCUAUGUCGUUUACGAAAACACGAAGAAGGCUCUGCGUCUGAGGUAAAUGUACCCAGGCACUGCUUUCUCCCUCUACAUAUCCGGAAUCACCAAUCCGAAGACUGCCAAGAUUACAGGCAGUAACCUGAUGGAUUAUGCCUCUUGAGAUGGCUUGAUACAUCGAGGCACGAUGGUUUCUGCUCGGGCUACAAAAUACUACUUGACGAAACCGAAGUCUAUAAAUCAGGAAGGCUGCAUUGGGAUGGCGUUUUCAAACGAACACGGCGUUCCAGGAUACCCAUACUCGGCAGGGUUCGGCAAACGGGCUUCAGUAUACAGGUUAUGUUGUUGAUAUAGCAAUCAAUGAAGCUCAAUACAAUCUCA